ACACAGGGAGUGAGUCAGUGGAUGCGCCGGGGAGCCUGACAAGGUGUUGCUGUAGACAAGUGCAAGUAAAGUCCCCGGGUGUGUGAGUGACACUAGUAGCAUCAUGAUGGCAGAGCCCAGCGACUCCCCAGUACACAGCCAGCCCAGCGCACAGCCCGUCGGAUGGCCCAUCUGCAGAGACAGCUACGAACUCCAGGAGGUUAUCGGUAGUGGAGCUACAGCUGUGGUUCAGGCUGCACUAUGCAAACCCAGGCAAGAGCGUGUCGCCAUAAAGAGGAUUAAUUUAGAGAAAUGCCAGACCAGUAUGGAUGAGUUGCUGAAAGAAAUUCAAGCCAUGAGUCAAUGCAGUCAUCCCAAUGUAGUGACAUAUUAUACCUCAUUUGUGGUGAAGGAAGAGCUGUGGUUAGUCAUGAAAUUGUUAAGUGGAGGUUCCAUGUUAGACAUAAUAAAGCAUGUGGUCAGCAAAGGAGAGCACAAGAAUGGAGUCUUAGAUGAAAUAAUAAUAGCAACCAUACUUAAAGAAGUGUUGGAAGGUUUAGAUUAUCUACACAGGAAUGGACAAAUUCAUAGGGAUUUAAAGGCAGGAAAUAUACUUUUGGGAGAAGAUGGAUCAGUGCAGAUAGCAGAUUUUGGUGUUAGUUCAUUUUUAGCAACCGGUGGAGAUGUAACAAGGAAUAAAGUAAGAAAAACAUUUGUUGGUACCCCAUGCUGGAUGGCUCCUGAAGUAAUGGAACAGGUUAGAGGUUAUGAUUUUAAAGCUGAUAUAUGGAGCUUUGGAAUUACUGCAAUUGAAUUAGCAACGGGUUCUGCUCCAUACCAUAAGUAUCCUCCAAUGAAGGUUUUAAUGCUGACUCUGCAAAAUGACCCCCCAACGUUAGAAACUGGAGUGGAAGAUAAAGAAAUGAUGAGGAAAUAUGGCAAAUCAUUUAGGAAACUAAUCUCUCUAUGUCUCCAAAAAGAUCCAUCAAAACGGCCGACAGCAGCUGAACUCCUAAAAUGUAAAUUCUUUCAAAAAGCCAAGAAUAGGGAAUAUCUAAUUGAGAAACUUCUUAACAAAACACCAGAUGUUGCUCAGCGUGGAAAAAGGGUUAGGCGAGUGCCUGGCUCCAGUGGGCAUCUCCAUAAAACUGAAGAUGGUGAUUGGGAGUGGAGCGAUGAUGAAAUGGACGAGAAAAGUUCUGAACUUAAUGAUUCAUUUUCCAAUGAAAAGUCAAGAAGAGUGAUUGACAGCAAUGAAAAUGCAGAGACUUCUUCAGAUAUUAAUAUGCAAAGAAUACAGAAUUUGUCUUUACAGGAAUCUCAGGGACAAUCAAAUGAAAGCCAUCAGGAUGGUGGAUUUCCAUCUGCUAUUAACCUUGUUCUGAGAUUAAGGAAUUCCAGGAAGGAACUUAAUGACAUACGAUUUGAGUUUACUCCAGGCAGAGAUACGGCAGAUGGUGUUUCGCAGGAGCUCUUCUCAGCAGGCCUUGUAGAUGGUCAUGAUGUCGUUAUAGUUGCUGCUAAUUUGCAGAAGAUGAUAGAUGAUCCUGUGACAUUUAAAUCGUUAACCUUUAAACUGGCAUCCGGUUGUGAUGGGACAGAGAUUCCUGAUGAAAUCAAAUUGAUUGGAUUUGCUCAACUGAGCCUUAGCUGAUUAGUUACCCGCUGACAUCCAUCAAGAUCACAAUUUGUGAAGGGGCCAUCUUAUACAUAAUGGAUAUGAAUAGCACCACACAAUUAUUUCUUAAUUUUCUAGAAUUUCACAAAAGUUGGUACAAGCUGAAAUCAGAGCUGUAAUCACUGCUGCUAUCCCAAAAGCUACUCAAUGUAUUUAUAGCAAUCAAUUUGGAAAUCCCCCCAUAUAGAGAAAAGAUAAUUAUGCACUUAAUCCUUAUAGCUAUAUUUAUUAGUUACUUAUAACUUUUUUAUCUAAUAUAUAUAGUUCUUUAAAUAGAAUUUUCUCUGAUAUUUUAAUUGUAUUGUUGAUUGACAAGACUGCCUGUUUUCUGUAUAAUUUUAAAGUGAAUGUGGGAAAAAAUUAUUAAUUAGCCAAGUGAGUUCUAGUUGUAAAAAGAACUGUGAAUUUUAUUUUCUUAUAUUUAUGAAUUGCACAUCCACGGAAUAUUUGUGGUAAAAUUGCACACUUAUCUCAACCUAUACUUUUAAGGACUAUUAUGGAUUUUGUACCUGAUCUACUAAAAAAAUCUUAUCAAUAAUUUUUUCUACAAAAUUAAACUUUAUGGAGUUGUAGAACAAUUAAAUAAUAAACUUUUCUAAAUGAUUAGAAUUUA